AUGGCAUCACCCACAGCGGACCGCUCCGCCCUCCUCACAUCCGCCGUCUCGUUCCUCCGCGACCCACAGACUGCCUCCUCUCCUCUCGCCCAGCGCAUCGCCUUCCUCGAAUCCAAGGGCCUCACACAGCCCGAGAUCCAGAUCGCUCUCCAGCAAGCGAACGGUGCGGCACCAGGCGGAGGAGGUGGAGCACCCGCACUCGUCCCGAGGGGAGCGUACGGCGCUGGAGCUGGACCGGUUGGACCGUAUGGCGUGCAGAUGGCGGAGUACCAGCGCGACUGGCGGGAUUGGUUCAUCAUGGGCGUCGUCGGCGGAGGCGUUGGGUGGCUCGCCGUCAAGUUGGCCCAGAAAUUCCUCGUCCCGCACCUCCAGCCUCCGACCGAAACCGAUCUCGAGGCUUCCCAGCGUGCCCUCGAAGCCAAAUACGACGAAGCUGCCGAGCUCCUCAAGACAUUGCAAGAGUCUACCGAUGCCGUCGCUAACAGCCUCGACGAGCAGCGGCGCGAAAUCGAGAAGGAGCUCGAGGAAGUGAGGCAGGCGGUGAAGGAGAUGCGCGAGGGCGAGAAGAAGCGAGACGAGUGGGCAAAGAACGUCGGCAAGCAGGUCGACGAAAUGGUCAAGAGCCUGCCAAGCCUCCUCGACAAGCAAGCCUCCGCCCAAACGUCCUCCCUCAACGAUCUCCAAACCGAGCUCAAGUCACUCAAGUCCCUCCUCAUCGCCCGCCGUCCUACCGCUCCUGCCGCUCCUACGCCGUCACCCGGUUCACCCGCCACUACUCCCGGUCUCGCCAACUCGACCUCUUCCUCAACUGGCGGCUCCUCCCUCCCUUUCAACAUCAAGCCCCCGGGCCUCCCGGCGUGGCAGCUCAAGAAUUCGUCCGCGGCCGCUAACGCUGCGGGCGGAUCAUCGGCGCCUGCUACCUCGACUGCCGGAUACAGCGUUCCUGACUCGACUGCGGCAGCGGCCGAGAAGGACAAGGACCCGAGCGCGAGCGGUGUAUUGGUUGAGAAGCCAGAUGCGACGGAGGGUGCGAAGGAAGGCGAGGAGGCUGGAGACAAGGGAAAGGGCAAGGCGGUCGAGGCGUCGUCAUAA